GACAGCGUACUUAUCCAAGUAAGCACUUGUUUAGGAGUGACUUGUUUUGAGUAAACACACACAGCACACUUGAUUUUCGCCGCGUAUAUAGUGGAUCGAGUUAUAUUAUUAGUUACAUUAGAAAUCGAAAAAUAAAAAUUGUGUUUCCAUGGCUUUUGAAGAUCGUUCGAGUCCAAAUGCGGCUCCCAGUCCGGAAACAACUGAUAACAACAUGACCAUCAACUCACCAAAUUCCCCGGAAUCCACAAGAACAUCACCCUACACUUGCACCACCAUCACCCAACAAGAAGGUACCAAUAGAAUGUUUUUGGUUAACUCAAAUUCCACACAACAAAAAAUCAAUCAUCAAAAUUUCUUUAGUAUCGCCUCGUUUUUAUCCAGUCCGAAAAGUAAUCACGACGAAUCUUUGUCCGUAUCCCCAUCAACAUCACCAUCAAUAACACCAACGACAACCCCCAUGUCAACCCCAUCGACAACUCCAAUUUCAACCCCAACAGCAACAGAAAUUAAAGAAACAUUACCAAAACCAGGAAUUUUCUCCCAAUUUCUUUCCAAUGAGAAACGAGAGUUUCUCUUCAGAGCCAGUUUACCAUUUCCUUCAUAUCCAAGAUCACCCAGUACCGAUUCGAUGGUUUCUUACAACCCCUCGGAAUCAUCAAACUCGCCACCUCCCCAAAAAAAUGACGAAGAACCAACGAUCCAGACGCUAAAGUAUUCAAUCAGAAACAUUCUUCAACCGGAUUUUGGAAAAUCCGCUGUACAAAAAAUUAAGACAUCUCCAAAAAUCAGUUUUAAACCAUACGAAAAUGAAAAGAAAACACAAGCACCGUUAGGAAGUUUAUGUCAGACGGUUUCACAAAUUGGUAAAGUCCAAGAUGUGCCAAGAAUUAAAAGCCCGGAAAGUAAUAAAUCGAUGACGUCUUCUGGGGAAGAAGGUGGCAAAAGCGAGGAUGGCAAGGUUCCUCCUGUUUGGCCCGCUUGGGUGUAUUGUACGAGAUAUUCUGAUCGACCCAGUUCAGGUCCAAGAUCAAGAAGACUUAAAAAACCAACUAAAGCUCCAGGGGAAGAUAAAAGACCAAGAACGGCGUUUUCUGGUGCUCAAUUGGCGAGGUUAAAACACGAAUUUAAUGAAAAUCGGUACUUAACUGAAAGACGACGUCAACAGUUAAGUCAAGAAUUGGGUUUGAAUGAGGCUCAGAUUAAAAUUUGGUUUCAAAAUAAACGGGCGAAAAUAAAGAAGGCCUCCGGUCAGAAAAAUCCUUUAGCACUUCAAUUGAUGGCUCAAGGACUGUAUAAUCACUCAACGGUUCCCUGUGAUGAAGAUGAUAUGCCCCUUACGAAUUAAUUGAUUAAAUUAAUUAAUUAAAAAAAAAUAUUGGGAAAAGCAAAAAUGAAAUGUUC